AUGAAGCAGGGUUUGCGUAUAAUGUCGGGAAUGCUAGAGGGAUUGGCGUUCCUUCACGAAGCUCAAGGCAACAAAUUUACUGUUGUUCACAGAGACAUCAAAUCGAAGAAUAUUCUGUUAACUUCCGUGGAAAGCGCUAACGACAAAGAACUGGCCCUGACAGCUUGUAUUGCGGAUUUUGGUCUGGCUGCAGUGUUCAGUAGUCCUCAGAUUGAUGAUCAAGUGACCGGACAGGUGUUAUGGGAAGUGCUAUCACGCACGCGUCUUAAUGAUGAAGAUGACGAUGUUCCUCCGUACAAGCAACCCUUCGAAGAUGUCACCAGUCCAUAUCCGAGCCUCGGCGAAAUGAGAGAAGUUGUAGUCAGCCGAAAGCUCCGUCCUGAGUUUCGGCCACUAGUAACGAGGCAUCCGGUGGGUGGCGCUAUCGAGUACACGAUUAGAGAUAUGUGGCAUACGAUAGCGGAUGGAAGGAUCACAGCCAGUCUAGCUCGUGAACGGAUCAAUGCAAUGAAUGGAUGCGAUUCUCAAGGCUCCUGA